AUGGAGAAGUCAAUGGUUAUGACUUGGUUGAUCUUCUCUAUGAAACCUGAAAUUGGUAGGAGAUAUAUGCGAAAGGAUACUGCCAAAGAUAUAUUGGACAAUGUAGCUAAGACAUUUAAGCAUGUUGGCGAUUUUGCUAAGCCUUCCGACGGGUCACAACACAAUUGGGCAGCUCUUCUUCCACAGACCAUAGCUACACCUUCCCUCACCCAGUCAGAUACUUUGGCUUUUGCCCUUCAUGCCUUUACUUCCGCUACUUCUUCCUCUUGGGUCAUUGAUUCCGGCACUACCGAUCACAUGACUGAGAUGAAGUUAAAUUUUCUGACGGCUCCCUUUUUUCUAUCUAUGGCAAGGGUUAAAGUGCUUGCCAACAAGCUUCAAUUGGUGGUUGAUUCCCUUGUCAGUGACAAUCAAUCAUGUUUCAUAGCAAGUAGAAAGAAAAAACAUCCUGGGGUGCUGCUGCAUAUUGUGUUUGUGGAGCCCAUGAAAGAGCUUCUUGUGCCUAGAGCUAGUUUUUUCUUCUGUUUAAUAUUGCAAGUUGAUGAUGCCAAUUUGCCUUUCUUUUUAACUUUGUUAUAUAUUUUAUGUUUGUUUAACAGUGUUAUUGUGGAAGCUUUGAAGGUGGAUAGUCUGCAAAGACUUUGCUCGUCUUUUGAGCCUCUCUUUCGUCGUAUUGUUAGUGAAGAAGUGGAGCGUGCUUUAGCAAAACUAGGUCAUGCUAAGCUGGUCGGAAGGCCUUCUCCACAGACUAUUCAAGGCCCCGAAGGAAGGAAGCUGCAACUUCAUUUCAAGUCAAGGUUGCCACCUCAUCUUUUCACAGGUGGAAAGGUUGAAGGCGAGCAUGGUGCAGCAAUCCAUGCUGUCUUAUUAGAUGCGAACACAGGCUCUGUUGUGCAGGUAGGAGCGGAAUCAGCUGCCAAAUUAGAUGUUGUUGUGCUUGAAGGUGACUUCAAUGAUGAAGUUGAUGAUGAUUGGACUGAAGAACACUUCGAGAGUCAUCAAGUGAAGGAACGGGAGGGAAAGAGGCCACUUCUGAAUGGGGAUUUACAGGUAACUCUCAGAGAAGGAGUUGGAACCCUUGGGGAACUCACUUUCACAGAUAAUUCUAGCUGGAUAAGGAGCAGAAAAUUUCGGCUUGGCAUAAAGGUUGCUCCUGGAUACUGUGAUGGAAUUCGUGUUCGUGAGGCUAAAUCGGAGGCUUUUUCUGUUAAAGACCAUAGGGGAGAAUUGUACAAGAAACACUAUCCACCUGCUCUACAUGAUGAAGUCUGGAGAUUGGAUAGAAUAGCAAAGGAUGGAGCACUACACAAAAAGUUGACAAAGGCUGAAAUAUUCACGGUUGAAGAUUUCCUCCGACUUCUCGUCAGGGAUCCACAGAAAUUAAGGAGUAUCCUUGGCAGUGGAAUGUCCAAUAGGAUGUGGGAGAAUACAGUGGAGCAUGCUAAGACAUGUGGUUUGGGUGGAAAGCUCUACGUUUACUAUGCUGAUGGAACCCGUAGCUCUGGUGCUAUCUUCAACAAUAUUUAUGAGCUUAGAGGUGUUAUUGCAGAUGGGCAGUUUCUCUCUGUUGAAUCACUUUCACAGAGUCAAAAGGUCUCAGUUGAUUUGCUGGUGAAAAGAGCGUAUGAUAAUUGGAUACACACUGUAGAAUAUGAUGGCAAAGUCUUACUGAACUCCCUAAAUAGUGGUAGAGUAGCAGAACUGCCAGCUGUACCUAGAGUGGACCACAAUCCUGUUACAGAUCAUUACUACCUGCCUCAGACAUGUACACAAAACUAUUUCUCACCUGCAGAAGGGACACAUUUCCAUACUAAGAACAAUCUAACCACAGUCCACCAGCAAAUUGACUUCCCAUUCACAAGAUUGGAUCCGGCAGUAGGGCUGGCACUGACAACACCGCAAGUGUCAUUUCCGGGCAGCACUGACUACCAAUCUGGUGGAACUUCAGCAGUUGUAGACCCGUACGUGUCUGGUGAUUGGUCUCGUCCACGGGAGACGCAGGGUCUAGAAGAUAUUUUCUCUGAGGAAAUUCGGUUAAGGAGCUCAGAAAUGUUGGCAAACCAUGAUAUGCAGCGGUUGUUGAAGACAUUUAAUAUGGGAGGUGGGGAUGGGUUAGGGACUACUUUUGGUCUUUCAGAUGAGGCUUGUUAUUCCUACAAACCUUCGUAUGAGCCUCAGACAGAUUGCAAGUUUGGGCAAAAUAUUAGCCGGAAUUCUGGAAAGGCUGUUGUAGGCUGGCUUAAGCUGAAAGCUGCUCUGAGGUGGGGCAUAUUUGUAAGGAAAAGAGCAGCGGAGAAGAGAGCUCAGCUCAUUGAACUAGAAUGAGUGGAAAACUUGGGUGCAGUAAAAUUGCAGGUUCAACCUACGGAACUUUGGAACUUCAACCACCCAAUCUAACACCCUACCCCCCC